AUAAUCGUCUGAGCAAGUCUCCAGACCAGGUGCCGCUCUGUGCAAACGCUUUUCCAGCAUCUAUUGUCGUUUUAAUCCUGCUCCCGACAUCCUCCCCCUUUUGUGAGCAAGCAAAGCAAAUUGGGACUUUCUGGAGCACGCUGUACUCGAGGAUUGUGUGAAUUACCAGUUCAAAUGGCUUUCCGCGCGGAGCCUUCGUUUCUUUAGGACGUGAAUGCCCAACCAGAGUAGGACCGCACCCCCUGUCAACCCUAUGGCUGCUACCUGCAACGGCUUUGUAAGAUUCAGAGCACAACAACCACGAUUACGACAACAGUAAUCCGCCUCGAGCCGUGAACUACGACCUUUAACCGCAGCACGCGAGCCCGUCGCCCCUGCUUCAGGACACGACCUCCUCUUGGCUUAGCGCCCUAGCACCUUAGGUUACUGCACAUACAGCGCAGCGCAAUGGCGCAUUAUCACGGCAAGCACAGCAAGGGCAUGCACCACCUGUCUGCCCACAACCACGACGCCCAUGGCUGGGUGGAGGGCAUCACCAGCCUGAAGGCGGACGACCGGGCAGUGGAGCUGCUGGCGGACGAGCCGGAGCGCCUGCCCGGGGCCAUGACCGGGCAGGCCUCCGCCACGGCAGCCGCUGCUGCGGCUGCGGCCCGGGCGGCAACCGCCAGCGCGGGCACGCCUGCCAAGGGCGAGAAGCCGACCUCGUCGGACGGCACCGGUGGGGAUGCAGCGGCUGCGCCCAGCCCUGCGUCUCCCGGUGGUGCCGGAGGGGCAGCUGCGCCCGGUGUGGUGUCAUUGACCCGGCCGGAGGACUUCGAGUCGGCGCUGCAGCAUGCCCUGGAGGUGAUGACCGCGGAGAUUGAGGCGGUAGGCGAGAUGAUGCUGGAGGUGGGCGCGCCGAUGGGCUGGGGCCCUGUGGGCCUGACUGCCGAGCAGCUGGGCACCUGCCUGGACCGCAUCCGGACGGCCGUGGAGCCGCUGCAGGUGGACGCCACCGUGGUGUGCCAGCGCACUACGCAGCUGCCGACCGCCACCGGCCCGGUGGACUGCGUGACGGCCGACGUGCUGCUGCGCCGCCGUCCCGGCCCCAAGGGGCCCCAGGAGGUGCGUGUGGCCAUCAUCGGCAACGUGGACAGCGGCAAGUCCACCAUGGUGGGCGUACUCACACGCUCCAUGCUGGACGACGGCCGCGGCCUGGCGCGCUCGAAGGUGUUCAAGCACCACCACGAGGAGGCCACGGGCCGCACCUCCUCCAUCGGGCAGCACACGCUGUGCCUGGACAGCAAGGGAGGCAUCCUCAACGAUAGCCUGUUCCGCACCGCCACCUGCCACGAGUACAUCGCCAAGGCCAGCAAGGUGCUGACGCUGGUGGACCUGGCGGGCCAUGAGCGGUACUUCCGGACCACAGCCUACGGCCUGACCGGGCACCUGCCCGACUACGCCUGCCUCAUUGUGGGAGCCAACAUGGGCGUGGUCGGCAUGUGCAAGGAGCACCUGGGCGUGGCUCUGGCGCUCAAGGUGCCGGUGUUCUUCGUGGUCACCAAGGUGGAUAUCGCGCCCGAGCACAUCCUCAAGCAGACCGUGCAGAACCUGGCCUCCAUCCUGAAGAAGCCGGGUGUGAAGAAGAAGCCGUUCCUGGUGCGCAACCAGGAGGACGUGCUGCUGUGCGCGCGCAACAUGAACACCGACUCGCUGGCGCCCAUCUUCCUGACCUCCGCGGUGACGGGCAAGGGCCUGGACCUGGUGCGCCUAUUCUACAACCUGCUGCCGCAGCGCCAGCGCUGGGUGGACAAGCAGCGCGAGCUGGCGGAGUUUGUGAUCGAUGAGACCUUUGGCGUGCCGGGUGUGGGCACGGUGGUGGCGGGCACCGUCAAGCGCGGCAUCAUAACGCCCAACACCAUGCUGCUGCUGGGCCCUGACAUUGGCGAUGGCAGCUUCAAGGCCGCCGCCAUCAAGUCCAUCCACUACAAGCGCCUGCCCGUCAACACGGUGGUGGCGGGCCAGACGGCGGCGCUGGCGCUCAAGAAGACCAAGCGCAGCCAGGUGCGCAAGGGCAUGGUGCUGGUGGACGAGCGGCUGAAGCCCGCCGCCAGCUGGGAGUUCGACGCGGACAUCGCCAUCCUCACCCACUCCACCACCAUCCAGCCGCGCUACCAGGCCGUCAUCCACUGCGAGAUCAUCCGCCAGGCGGCGCGCGUGGUGGCCAUGGACCGCGAGCGCCUGCGCUCCGGUGACCGCGCCUGCGUGCGCUUCCGCUUCAUCCAGCGGCCUGAGUACGUGACCAGCGGCACGCGCUUCGUGUUCCGUGAGGGCCGCACCAAGGGCAUCGGCAUCGUGGUGGGCACGGAGCACCAGCCCGCGGACCGCAUCAACACGCCGCGCGGCGCCAACGGCGAGCCGCUGGACCCGCACCGGCCCGAUGAGCUGGAGGCGGAUCGUGAGCGCGAGCGUGCGCUGGCGGAGGUGGGGACCGGCACUGGCGCCGGCACCAGCAGCAGCACCGGCGGGGUGGUGCCUGGCGCCGCAGGGGCAGGCGGUGACGUGGCGGCCCCUCUAUCGCCUGCCUCCGCAGUGGCGGUGCGCGGGUGACGAGGCCACUGCAGUUGGCUGACAGGGUAGGGGAGGAUGGUGGGGCUCACCGGCGCUUCCUGCCGAGGGGUUAGCCUUUAUUGCUGUCGCCAUAGAGCACAUCCCGAUAAGUGCGUGACUUGACCAAUGACUGCACGAGGCAAGACAAGAGAAGAUGAUAAACGUUCUGUUGGGUAUCUGGGCAAGCAACCGCCGGAAUAGCUUGCCGUGGUCGUGGUGUUGCUAUAUCGUAGCUGUCUGGUGCCAUCUGGCCGCAACCGAAGGCCGGCCUGCUGCUUGCUUGCAUCGGCAGCUUCCAGCAAGCAGGUUGGAUGGGGCUGUGUCUUGGUAUUGAGUUGAAGGAGACAAGAGGCUGUGGGUACGGCCGAUCGUGGCCGAUGAGUACUGGAGGAGACUGAGGCCCGGUGGUAUGAUUGCACGGAUUGGGGUGUGGUGCGACUGGUUGGGGUGAGCGGGCGGUCCCACGUGAGCUAGGUGGCAAGGGGUGGCGCACGGUGGCGCCCAGGUCGCGCGUUCCAGCCCACUUGUCACGGUCGCUUCGCACACCGCUAUAUCAUGAAAUCCAGCCGAUUCCCAGACCUCAGCACAUGGCAAACAAUUUGCGACGGCAGUGCAGGAGCGCGCGGCUGGUCGAACGUCGGAAUUGCUGUACCGACAAGUUGCUGGACGCUGCUGGCUGGCUCAAGGGGCACGCUCAAGGGGUCCCGGGGGAUUUCGGGACGUGGAGUCUAGCACUUUAUUUUGUCUAACCCCCCACCCCCCAGAGUAUGUUUUCCUGCGCCUGCAACACAAACCUGAGUGGAACUAAAGCCGCGCUGCUAGCCUGCUACGGUGCGCAAUGCUGACCGCUUGCCAAGGGCAAAGUAUGAGGAGCCGACAGUGCGAGGCCCUAUAGCGCCUAUUUCA